AAGCAAUCAGCUUUACAACUGAACAGUUAGCAUUCCUAGGAUAAAAUCCAGCAAGCUUCCAAAUUUUUACAUUUUACUGCACAUAAUGCCAAAUUAUAUGGCGAGAGUGGGCCCGGCGGUUUGCUCCAAGCUAGGCAGGUGGGCCUACAACAUGUCUGGAUUCAACCAGUACGGUCUGCACCGGGACGACUGUCUGUACGAAAACGAAGAUGUGGCAGAGGCAGUGCGCCGCCUGCCCAAGAAGCUGUACGACGAACGCAACUACCGCAUCCUGCGGGCUUUGCACCUCUCCAUGACCAAGACAAUCCUGCCCAAGGAGCAGUGGACACAGUACGAGGAGGACAUCAAGUACCUGGAGCCCUACCUGAACGAGGUGGUGAAGGAGCGCGAGGAACGGGAGGAGUGGAACAAAAACCAUUAAUCUUUCGAGCUCUGCGAUGCAUUUGUCAUUACAAUUUUAAUGAAACAGGCAUUUUGAAAAAAGGUGUUAAAAUUUUUUUGGAGAGAUGGCACCAAUAAACUUUGCCAAAUAAAAAGAUUAGACGAGAUCAUAAAAAAAAUAUGUUGAUAUGUACAUAAUAAAAUCCAUUUCAAAAUUAAAUCCAUUAUACACCCCCAA